AUGAAAAAAUCACCACCUAUUGUGUUUAUUGCCAGACAUGGCGCCCGCCUUGAUGCCGCAGACAAAAAUUGGCACCUAACCUCUCCAAGCCCUUUCGAUCCACCUCUUUCCUACGGUGGAUGGGUACAGUCUCGGGCUCUUGGUGUACGUAUAGGAAGUCUCCUAAGGUCCCGACAAUUCACCGGGGAAGAUCCAGAGAGUCAGCAGAGCCAUCAUCCGACCUCGGAUAAACAGGCAAACCCCACCCCCACAUCCUCGGACCUACCCCCCCGAUAUAACGUCAUUGUCCAUACCUCUCCUUACCUUCGAUGUCUGCAAACUGCCAUAGGAGUGAGUGCUGGUAUUAACCAACAAACGUCGGGCACAGAAGCAUCGGAAGCAACUAGUUCAGCUCCCACUGCCCCCGCAGUUUCAUCAACCCCCGACCAGCGAUGUCUGCUUCGCGUCGACGCAUUUCUGGGCGAAUGGCUAUCACCUGACUACUUCGAUCAAAUCACGCCCCCGCCGGGCUCGGAUAGAAUGGUGGCGUCUGCCAAAGGGGAAUUGCUCCGUCGUGCCGAGGUCAUCCCACCCACUGAUGGUUUGACAAGAACGCCGUCCGGCCAUUUUCCUGGUGGUUGGCGCAGCCAGUCGCAUCCAACUUCGCCGGUUGAUGAAGACCGCCGCUUGCAUUCGGCAACAUCUCAGCGCCAGCGUGCCAGCACGGACACUCAGAAACCCAUCCAUCUCAAACAUGCAAAAAAGACUCUUGGUCGCCUGAAAACGAACCUGCCGCCUACUCUAGACGCAUAUUACGUACCCCCAACUCCCAGUUACGCCGUUUCCAGCUCGGAUCCCAUUCCUACGGGCUAUGUUGCUCAUGCACGGAACGCAUGUACGCGAAUCGACUACCAGUGGGACAGUAUGCGUACGCCUUAUUGGGGCACAGGGGGCGAAUUCGGCGAGGAAUGGAGCACCAUGCACGAAAGAGUGCACGAUGGAUUUCAACACAUGAUUAAUUGGUACCGGGAGCAGGAUAUAUCUGAACACGGUUCCAUGGCGAAGUCGAACGGUGAGGUAAAUGAUGGUAAUACACAAACUGUCCUUGUUAUCAUCACCCAUGGUGCGGAUUGCAAUGCUUUGAUCAGCGCGUUGAACGGGCACUCGGUCUUACUUGAUAUUAACACAGCUUCACUCACUAUGGCUGUGCGACGCAACCGUGUCAAUAAGCCCCCGCAUGACAUGGAUCACACACUUAAAUCUCCGGGGCCAGCCAACCAAUCGGUGUCACGGGAAUACUCCUUGCAGCUUGUGGCGUCAACAGACCAUCUGCGCCCAGGGAUCAACCCCUCACAGCUCACCUCGCUGUUAUCUCCCUCCGUCCCCCGUGUACUUCCACCGCCUCCAGCCCCUUCCUAUCGGAAUCGUCUUGGCUCUCGCCCAUCGCUAUUCCAACCGAAAUCGCCAAACCGGCCAUCUAGUACUAGUCCUCAGGCAUGGACGCUGCCGAUGCGUCCGUCAACUAGUUCAGCUACUUCUCGUGUUCCCUCUGUGUCUGGGCUUUGGAACUCGAUCUCAUCGCCCACUGAUAAAGCGGAUGCAGAGGAGAAUUUUGUGCCGAACUUUGGUGAUCGGCCGGUCAGUCAAGAUUCCGUAAUCCCUGGUGGAUUUGAUAAGCCUGUAGAUAUUGGCUGGACGAAGCAGUUACCACAACGGACACAGUCGCAGCGUGGUUUAUGGGGAGGUUCUGAGUCCUCGGUAGAUCGUGAAAAUGGAACGAAGCGGCGAUGGACAGUGGCGGAACAAAAGCUGUGA